AUGGAAGACCCAUAUAGCAAGAACAUUUCUGACCUCUCUUUAACUGAGCUGGCAAACGGGGGAUACGAAGCGGGUAGAGAGUUCUAUCGCAGAAAUACAACAGGCUUUCAUUGGGGUCCAGAGCCCAACUACAGAGGAAGCUCGACUAUUCUUAGGUCGACCAUUAUUACGAUGAUCAUGGUUCUCUGGCGUCUAGUCAAUGUCGACGUGUAUGCCAGCGCAAAAAGCUGGCAAAGAACCCUUUAUAACGCUGUCUGGUUAGUCUCUGCCAUUAUCAGUCCAGCUACAGUCACUCUUUAUGCCCAGCGGGGCCUAACGCCGGACGAGCUUAAGAUGAACGGUGCCUUCCUGGUCAUAUCUGGCGGCUUCGCGUACGACAAUGGUGGGGAGGGCGGCGGAAUGAUAAUCUCCCCUUCAGAAUUCAAAAGACUAUUGGCCAAAGGGCUGAUCGAAAGCUUGGCACAUGACUCCGAAGAGAUAGAAGACAAACAGGGGAUACCUUCGCAAAAAUCGUAA